UUCUUCGUCUUACCUACGAUCUAUAGAUUUUUGUAUUUCCGUAUCACUUCAAUCCGUGCGUCUUCGUUUCUGUUUUCGUAUAUCAUUCAUCCUUAAACCUCAUGGAUUGCAGGAAUCACUACACAAUCAUGAUUCACGAAUGCCGCCUCAAAGUUCAUACAAGGCUCUGGAGGCUGCAUCGGAUACAAAAGAAGGAAACGAAUCAACCCCAACGCAAAGCCUUCUCAAGAACUGGCCAUUGAUGUCAUCUAUCAUCAUAUACUGCAUCUUUGCUCUUCAUGAUAUGGCUUACUCAGAGAUCUUCUCAUUAUGGGCUGUGACCCCCAGAAAGUUUGGAGGCUUAAGUUAUUCAACUGUUGAUGUUGGUGAAGUACUGUCGAUCUCAGGAUGUGGCCUUCUAUUCUUUCAACUAACUCUGUAUCCAUUGGUUGAGAAGUAUGUUGGUCCAAUUGCCAUUGCUCGUGUUGCAGGAGUUUUGUCAAUUCCGUUAUUGGCAUGUUACCCUUAUAUUGCUAUGCUCUCUGGGACCGCCCUCACUGUGGCAAUAAAUUUUGCAUCCUUGUUGAAGAAUGCUUUAUCUAUUUCUAUCAUAACGGGGCUGUUCAUAUUGCAAAACAAAGCAGUG